CCCUCCUUUUCCGUUUUAAUUUAGCGCUGCGCCACAAUCUCAAACUAAGUGAAAGUGAAACCGAUUUGAGAACUGCGGAAUCUGUUAGUUGAUGAUGAGUGUGUCUGGAAAUCAGGAUGAUGCAUCUGCCUCCAAGAGCAGUCCAGAAGACCUUCACUCUAAUUUAACUAUACAAGAGAGACCAGACUCACCUAAACCCUCACAUUUGUCUCUGAAGAGUGACAGAUCAAUUCCUGUACCACUGAACUUCAGCGAUGAAGCACAUGGCACUAAAAGAAAUGUACAGGAGAGAUCAGACUCACCUACAACAUCCCAUGUGUCUCUGAAGAGUGACAGAUCAAUUCCUGUACCACUGAACUUCAGCGAUGAAGCACAUGGCACUAAAAGAAAUAUACAGGAGAGAUCAGACUCACCUACAACAUCACAUGUGUCUCUGAAGAGUACAAGAUCAAUUCCUGUACCACUGAACUUCAGCGAUGAAGCACAGAGAAUUAGAAAAAGGAAGUUGUCAACACAAGAACCACCAGAGCAGGCAGAGUCUAUACCUGCUGAAAGAGUUUGUCAGCAGCACCACAGAGCUUUGGAGGUGUUCUGUAAGACCGACAACAUGUACAUUUGUAACAUCUGUGUGGUGCAAGAUCACCGUGGCCACAGUAAAAUCUACAAUGUGAAACCUAAUGUGCCAAGCAUUCAAUCCCUGCUCCUUCAAAUUAUGGGGAAAAUGGGGACAGAAGACUUCAAAACCUUCAAAAGUGAACUGAAUGAGGAAUACCCAGAAUGCUUUGGAAGUCAUACAGAGCAGCUUAGUGUCUCUGAAGUUGUUGAAAUAUUAGUGGAGAGCUUUGAAGGAGAGGCAGCAUUGAGGAUCACAACACAGUUCCUGUAUAAUGGUAAUCCACUUCAAAAAAUCACAGAUGCCAAUAAAUCAAAACUUAGGCACAAAUGUCAACAUUUAAAUGAAGGAAAUUCAUCUCAAGGUAAACAAAGUUUACUGAAUGAGAUCUACACAGAUCUCUACAUGACAGAAGGUGGAAGUGGAGAGAUCAAUAAUGAACAUGAGGUGUUAAGAAAUGAAAGAAUUAUACAAAGUAGAACCACUCCAGAGACAAAAUACACAUGUAAUGACAUCUUCAAGACACUGCCAGGACAAAGACAACAAGUCCGAACAGUCCUGACGAUGGGCAUAGUUGGCAUUGGGAAGAAUGUGUCAGUGCGGAAGUUCAUUCUAGACUGGGCAGACGGAAAAGCAAACCAAGAUAUCAAUGCCAUCAUUCAUCUUCCAUUUCGAGACCUCAACCAGAAAAGGGGGAACUGCAGUCUUCUGCAACUCAUUCAUCAAUAUGCUCCUGAACUGAAAGAGGCAAAUCUUUCAAAAUUGAAAGUGCUUUUUAUUUUGGAUGGUUUAGAAGUCUGUCAGUAUCCUCUUGAGUUCCAGAAGAAUGACAUCUGCUCUGAUAUAAAUGAGCAAACCUCUGUUGAUGUGCUACUUACAAACCUCAUCAAGGGCAAUCUGCUUCCUUCUGCUCUCCUCUGGAUAACUUCACGACCAUCAACAGCCAGUCAGAUCCCUGCUGAGUGUGUCCAUCGGGUCACAGAGAUUCGUGGGUUCAAUGAUCAUCAGAAGGAAGAAUACUUCAGGAGGAAAAUUAGUGAUCAGAAACUGGCAAGUGAAAUUAUUACUCACAUCAAAUCAUGUCGGAGUCUCUACAUCAUGUGCCACAUGCCAAUCUUCUGUUGGAUUUCAGCCACUGUGCUCGAAAAUAUGUUGAGUGUUGGGAACUCUGAUGAAAUACCCAAAACUCUGACUGAGAUGUUCACUCACUUCCUGCUCAUUCAUAUCAGUCUCAAGCAUAAGAAGUUCAAUGGAGCUGAUGCAAGUAACCCAAAGAAACUGACUGAAUCAGACAAAACACUGAUUUUGAAAAUGGGAGAAUUGGCUUUCCAACAACUAGAGAAAGGCAAUUUGAUAUUUCUCGAAGAAGAACUGGUAAACUGUGGCAUUGAUGUCAAUAAAGUCUCAGAGUACUCAGUGUGUACAGUGAUUUUCAGAGAGGAGCUGGGAUUGUACAGGGAAAAGGUCUACAGUUUUGUGCAUCUGAUCUUUCAGGAGUAUCUUGCAGCAGUAUAUGCUCACUUUGCAUGUCUUAAUAAUGGUGAAAAUGUUCUUGACAAAAAACCCAACAAGUUAAAUCUUUCUGAUGUACAUCUGAGUGCAGUGGACAAAGCUUUAAGGAGUGAAAAUGGACACCUAGACCUCUUCGUCCGCUUCCUUUUGGGUCUUUCCGUUGACCCUAACCACACUCUCUUGCAAGACUUUUCUAAAGGUGGUUUAUCUCAACACUGUGGAGAUAAAAGCAAGAUAGUGCAUUAUAUUAAAGACAAGAUCAAACAGGAAUUAAUGCCAGAGAGAAUCAUCAAUCUUUUCAGUUGUUUGAAUGAGCUGAAAGACAAUUCUCUUGUCAAAGAAAUUCAGACUGCCAUGAAAUCAGGAACACUGUUAGGUAGUGAGCUGGAGCCAGAGCAGUGGUCAGCACUGGCCUAUGUCUUGCUCACAUCAGGAGAGGAAUUAGAUGAGUUUGACAUGAAGAAGUUCCGUACAUCAACAGCAAACCAGCUGAGGCUGCUGCCAGUAUUAAGGAUCUGCAGAAGGGCCAGAUUAGAUUGCUGUAAUCUCUCACAAGAAUCCUGCAGAAGAGUGGUUUCAGCUGUCCAGUUGAACUCACCCUUGAGAGAGUUGGAUCUCAGCAACAAUAAAUUAGACAAGUAUGGAGUGCAAAUACUCUGCUCUGGACUAACAAGUCCACACUGUCAUAUACAGAAGCUGGGAUUGGAUAGCUGUAAUUUCUCAUCAGACUCCUGUAAAAUUUUGGCUUCAGCUCUCAUGUCAACAAACUCUCCCCUGAGAGAACUGGAUCUAAGCUACAAUGAGCUCACGGAUAAUGGAGUAAAAUCACUCUGUUCUGGACUAAUUAAUUCACACUGUAAAGUUAUGACACUCAAGUUAAAACGGUGUGGUCUCACAAACGCUUGUUGUGAAGAUCUAGCAUCAGUUUUGAAAUUAUCAUGCUUGAGGGAGUUGGAGCUAAACAACAAUGACCUGAAAGAUUCAGGUGUGGAAAAACUAUCAACUGGACUUAAAGGUCCACAGUGUAGUAUAGAGAAACUGGGACUCUCUGGGUGUAUGAUCACAGAGGAGGGCUGCAGUUUGCUGGCUUCAGCUCUGAGCUCAAACACUGGUCAUCUGAGAGAGCUUGAUCUGAGCUACAACCACCCUGGAGAUUCAGGAAUGAAAUUGCUCUCUGCUAAAAAAGAAGAUCCAAAUUGUAAACUGGAGAAACUUGAUUUUUCCAGUGGAGGAGAAUGUCGAAUGAAACCAGGUCUACGAAAAUAUGGCUGUGAACUCACAGUGGACGAGGACUUGUUACAUCGACGCCUUAUACUGUCUGAUGGAAAACGGAAAGUGUCAGAAACCAGAGUGGAGCAGCCAUAUCCUGAUCAUCCUGACAGAUAUAAACUCUAUCCCCAGGCUAUGUACAAAGAGCCUCUGACUGGACGCUGUUACUUUGAGGUGGAGAUUGAAGGUGCAGUUGGAUUGGGAGUGGCCUAUAAGAGCUCAGAUAGAACAGAGAGGAUAAUGGGCAUUAAUAACAAGCUCCCUAGUCUCCAUUGUCUAAAUGGAAAACUUAAAUUGUGGCAAAAUAAUAAUAUAGUUGGUGAGUUUCCUGUCUGUGCUCAAUCCAAAAGAGUAGGAGUUUAUCUGGACUGGGAAGCUGGAAGUUUGUCAUAUUACAGCAUUUGUAACAACACAUCCAUUAAUUUGCACACGCUCCAUACCACAUUCACCGGCCCCUUGUAUGCAGGGUAUUUUUUUCUCCCUGACUCCUCUGUGACUCUGUGUCCACUAACAUAGAUUGUCUGAGUAUAAAGUUAUCCUAAACAGGCUAGAUGUUUUAUAAAAAUCAAGUCCUGAAAUUUUGCUCAGAGAAUAUUCAGACAUUCAGAGUCUAAUACAAGUUAUGCAUUACUUUGUUAUAUGUUGUUAUAUGCUGAUACUUUUAUGUUCGAAUUGACUGCUGAUACACAUUACAAAUAUGCUCUAAAAAUGGCUAGCACAGAGAUCCAAUUAAUUCAACCUGAACCUUUUAAACAGGCAUUAUUAAAAAAAAAAAUUGUAUAUAUAUUUUUUUUUCAUGAGUGAAAGCAUCCAUUUACAGGAGAGAAUAGCGAGUAAUAUUCGGCUAGCUAUAUGAUCUCAGCAUGGCGGUGCUCAUGAAUGUGCACCCAGCACCAUAUGUAAAAUAAAACAGCUUUUUCUUUAAGGCUGAUAAAACUAGUCUUCGACUCGUGUGAAUGUGUAUCAUUUUAAACAUUGGUCAAAAAUACAUUUCUACCAUUACCAAUUCUUUAUACCUGAAAAUCUCCCCUUGACUUUAAUUAAUUAACAGCAGAGAUGGUGUCAUUAUAAUAUUUGUUUACUGAAUUGCAGUUGGUCUUUUCUUUCUACAUCUAUUUAACCAUAUUUUUCAACAUGACAUUCUGGCACAGAAACCAUGUUACAUGUUGAUUCCUAUAGACAGCUAUAGCUCUGAUGUAGCAUUUAAUUUACACAGAACCAAAGCCUAAGCUUGCCUAAUAAUUUUUCUUUAAUCUUUUGCUGUCUCGCAAGCACUGGCAUUGCCUUUAGACAAUGCAAAUAUAGAUUUUUGUUUUUUAGAUUUUAUAGUAAAUCCGUUUUUUUUAUUUUUUUUUUUUUUUUUUUUUAUUCUUUUCUGUUUAUAAUUACUGACUGUAAAAACGGAAAACUUUUUUUUGACAAAUCUCUUCAGAUUAAUAGAACCCUAAAUAAAAUAAAAGACCAAGAACAUACAGUAUUAGUAAUAAGUAGUAUACAGUGUAUUGAUUUAUUUACUCAGUAUCACCUUGCAGUUGAGAUAAUUACCCUGGUAGAUUUAUGAAUUGUGUAUAGCCAAACGUUAACUCUUCAAUGGUCUUAAGCAUUUGCUUCAAUUUUUUUAUUCACAUAACUAUAUUAUAACAUUAAGAAUAUUGCCUUUUAUUACUUUUGUAAGUAGAUUUUAUUUGUUCCUUCUUAACCACUAUGCCAAACCACCAUUAUUUCCUGUUUCUGUUAUGUAUUAAACUGUCAUGAGAUGCUUCCUGACUUCUGUUAGUACAGACAACAUUUUAAUUUGGGCCUUAUUUUUUGGGCAUUAUAAAAAAGGAAGAAAAAAAGAGAUGAAAAAAAAAAAUGAUGUAAAUAUUUUCUGGUCUCAUUGCAUCUAUGUGAGCUUCUGCAGUUAAUCCAGGAUGAACUUCAAAGACAUUAGUCAUUAAUCUUACAGUUCAUACAAAAUCUUUGUUUAAACACUGACCCUAACACUUACUUAGUUUAAUCAUUUUAAACCAUGACUUGCACUAUACAUAAGUAAUAUUGCCAUUAUAUUCAUGAUGUUAGCCAGAAGGGAACUGGCCCCCACAGUGAGUCUGGUUUCUCCCAAGAUUAUUUAUCUCCAUUAACCAACCAGAGUUUUGUGUUCCUUGCCACAGUCACCUUCGGCUUGCUCACUGGGUUUCUAAAUACAAUUAUUAUUUAAUUACUUAUUUUUAAACACAAUGCACAAUCGUAUUUUAUCAAACUACACGAUGACUCUAAGACAUUACAGAUAUUACUGUUUAAUUUUCUGUAAAGCUGCUUUGAAACUAUAUUUUACGAAAUAAAAAUGACUUGACUCAUUCUUGAUUUG